UUGGAGGCUUCGAAACAUCGCUCGAUUCGCAGUUCGUUUCAAAAGUAUCUACACACUCGUAUCUGAUACGAGUGCAAUAAAUUUACGGACGCCGAAUCAACGCAAUUGUUGCUGAUAUUCUUUCUUCCUUACGAGUAUAAUCGCCUAAAAUUGCUGAAAUGAAGCCCAGCUCUGGUUUUCUGUUAAUUUGCGCCGCUCUGCUUAGCGGUGGCUCAACAGCCACCGAGGUCAAGCAAUGUCCCAAUUCCAAAGCGCGCGCCCUCUCCUCCAACGAGGUGACCAUCUCCAAUUGUCCGAAGAGCAGAUGCAUACUGAAGCGGAACACGGAGGCGAGCAUUGAGAUGAAAAUCAAGCCAGAUCGGGACUUCAAAGAGCUUAGCUCGGACAUACAGGGAAUUAUACUCGACGUGCCGCUGCCCUUCCCCGGCUACUAUGGUACUAGUGCCUGUCCGCACAUUUACGAUGCGGCUGGCGAGAAGCAUGUGGGCUGCCCCUUGAAGGCUGGCGAGACAUAUACGUAUAGGAAUAGCUUCAAAAUAUUGCCAGUGUAUCCUACAGUUAGUCUGGAGAUUCAUUGGGGCUUGGGCGAUAAGCAGGGCGAUGCGGCCUGCUUCCAAAUACCCGCCAAGAUCAAGGCCUAAAUGUGACGUUCUUUCUAUAAUUUAAAUAAGUUUCUCUCUCUCUCAAGCUAAUGGUUUUUAAUAUGUAAGUUUUAUUUGUUAAUAAUAAAUACUGUUAUGCUUAAGCGAAA